GGUGACGUCCUUGAAGGAUGUUCGAUCGCUCCCUACGGAACACUGCUGACCGGAGGAACGAUAUCGAACUUGCACAAGCCUCAGGAACUGCCCGUGUCGACGACGAACCCCCACCCCCAGAAACAUUAUCAAAAAGAGAGCAGGAGCAAAGAAGAAAGCUCAUCCCGGGCCGCGAGAAAAGAUGGCCGAGCGCGUACACAUCCAGCGUAUUGACAGAAGAGGAACAAGGUACCGUCACGAUUCAGCCUCAUUCCGACCAAGCAGGGAAUGCUAUAGAGAUCACUGGCGAUGUCUAUAGUCCUGCGAACGCGAGCAGUGUUGCAGCGUGGUCGGUCGAAAAGGACGGGUACGUGGCAGAUGAGCACAAGUAUUUGAAUUAUGUCAAAAAGCUGUCGAAAAGCUAUCCUCAUCUGGAGUAUUUCGCACACUGGAUGGAAGUGACCUGCGCUCCGCCCAAAUGGAAAUACAUCCAACACAACAAGGCAGACAGGAUAAGGCGCGCGAGAAAGACCAAAGUCUGCAUCAUUGACUAUGUCGAGGAAGGGAGCAAGGACAAAAGCACUACCCACGAGGAUGAGGAAGAGGACGAUAAGGAGACCAGGCUUUUCGUACCAAAGAUUCUCAGGCCGAAAAGUGGACAAGCAGAUCAUCUGAGCUACGAGGAGAGCCUGCGGGUCGUUGGCUCCACAGUUCAACCUGGAAAUAAUGAAUGGUAUUUCCACAAUGCUCGAGAUCUUGCUGCUGUAGUUCAGAGCGAACCCGAGAAAAGCGUCCAAGCUCGACUGAUUGUGGUAGAGGAUCUCUCUCGGGAUGUUGUAGAGGUCCUGGGAUGUCAGUAUGACAUAGAUCCGUCUGCAUUCCUAUCGCAUACCGGCGACUACCUCUACAACCAAAUCACCGAUCGGUGGGCCGAUCUUCCAGAACUUGCUGUUGAUGCCAGAGAAGAGGACUACGUUUCGAUACAAUACCUGCGUCCACUCUACUUCUCAAGCGAUGCAUUGUUUGAAAAGGCAGAGCGUCAGACAGGCUUGUGGAACGUGCUUCGUCGACUUGAUAGCGAUAGGAGUCGUGAGCGUCUUCGACCGGGAAACUCGCCAGCCAGUGUAACACUUCUACG